AUGGCUACCAUUGCAUCGCCAAUCUAUUGGGGACUAGAUCCUCUCUUUUCAGCUCAUAUCAAAUUAUUGAUUCGAGAUGUCGACCAUUUAUUGGCUGUCAAAGAUUUCACCAACGUCUACCUCUAUCACGACCACAUUAUUUACAAAGUGGAAAUCAUGGGAGAUGUUGUCAGCGUAGUCAAGAAAAAUAAAUUGGACGAAAUUGUACUGGAUGAUGGUACCGGCAGAAUUUCUUGCACGCUGUGGAAAGAUCGAGAUAAAAUCCGAGACUGCAAAUUAGGUGAUUUAGUCACUAUUAUGGGCAGAGUGACUGAAGGCUACCGUGAUAGCGGUAAAAGAAUUGUUGUCCAACGCCUGGUUAAUGAUACGUUACGCCCUAAUAUCGAGUAUAAAAGAUGGAAGGAUAUCAUUCAACUCCAUCAACGAGUUUAUACAUGCAAUGCAUCUAUAACGCUACCACUGGGCAAGAAGCAAUCUUGCCAGCAAUGGACUGAUACUCAAAGAGACACCCUCAUUCAAGAUGUGAUACGCAAGCAAUUACAAACAACUGGCAACCAUUCAUUUCUUUAUCAGGAGAUGUUGGCCCAUACAAUACAAACAUGCCAAACUCCAAACAAUCCUGCCCAAGAUAUACAAGCAUCGUUCGAUAAAGUAUUAAAAAUCAUGGUACUCCACGGUGAAUUGUUAAUGAAAGACUUCGAUGGCAAUUGCUUUCAACUUAUCAAUCCUAGCGGUGAUCUUGCUCAAUUGAUAUUGGAAAUUAUGCAAGAAAAAACAACCGUUGAACUACAACAACUAUGCUAUCUUCUUCGAUCUACCCUAACGUAUGCACAUCUACGUAAAGAUACCGUCAUCAAGGCAUUAACCUAUUUAGAAGAACAAAGCUUUAUUUAUAGCCCUCAAUCCAAUGUGUACAAGUACAUUUUCGGUAAAGCCAAAUAG